AUGGAGAACCAGGCAGAAAGGAUGCCAUGGAGAGCCGAUGUGAAAGAGGGACAAGAUGUUAAAGAGCUUCCAGCAUUGUGCGCGGUCAGCAAAUCACAGGGACAGCACGCGAACACCAACUCCAAGCAAAUGUCAGAAAAACAGGAGCUUUGUGGAACGGAAGCAAAAGAAGCAGCUUCAGCCAUGGCUUUUCUAGCCCAGGGGAUGUACCAAGAGGCCAAGAAAGGGUUUCAAAAGGCUGUGGAUGUUCAAAUAGGAAUGUCUGGAGAAGAGAACAUACUGGUGGCCAGAAGUUUAAAUCAUUUGGGCCAUGCGCUGCUCAUGCUUGGGGACUAUGCAGAGGCUGAGAGAAUUCAUGAAAGAGCCCUGCAUAUUGCCAAGGUCUGUGUGGGGGAAGAGCACCAGGAUGUGGCAAUGUGUCUUGGUUACUUGGGAAUGGUGAUGCAGCACCGGGGGAGGUUAUCAGAUGCUGAGGUGUUCUGCAGGAUGGCACUGGAGAUGAGAAUGAGGAAGCUGGGCAGCAAGCAUCCAAGCCUGGCGCAGAGUCUGAAUGACCUGGGUAUGGUGAUGCUUGACUUAGCAAAACUGGACGAUGCGCAACAGUGCUUCAGCAGUGCACUUGAGAUUGCCAACAACGAUUUCGAUCAGGUGGCGUCUAAGAGCUUGCUUGGUAUGGGGCAGGUGAUGAGCAUCCACUGCAACUUUUCCAAAGCUGAAGAGUUUCUUUGCAGGGCACUGUGCAUUAGAAAGAAGAUUUGGGGUGAAUACCACCCAGAUGUUGCAGAGAGCAUGAUAUGCCUGGCAGAAGCUAUGAUAGGCAAAGCAGAUUUUCCCCAGGCCAACAUUUAUGCCAGCAUGGCGCUUGGCAUCAUGCAGCAAGUUUGUGGCGAUGGCCAUCCCAAUGUGGCAAAGGCACUGCAUUGCCUGGGAUGUGUGGUGUUUGAGCAGGGCAAGUUCCUUGAAGCCGAUGAGCACUUUUGCAGAGCACUGUCCAUCAGGAGACAAUCUCUGGAUGCAGAACAUCAAGAUAUUGCUGAAAGCCUUGAUGAUGUAGGAGAGGUGCUGUGGAUGCAAGGGAAUUUCUCUGAGGCUGAGAAGCAGUUCAGUGGUGCAUUAGCAAUCAGACAACACUGUCUUAGUGAUGGCCAUCCAGGCAUUGCCCACAGCAUGGACAACUUGGGAACAGUAAAGUUUCGGCAGGGACAGUUCAUAGAGGCUGAGGAAUACUACAACAGGGCCUUGGCCGCAAAGAAACAUGUCUUGGGUGAUAGGCAUCCAGAUGUUGCUACACUACUUGACCAUGUUGGGGCAGCAUUGCAGCAACAGGGAAGGCUCCCAGAAGCUGAGGAGCAUCACAGGGAUGCCUUGGCCAUCAGAAAACAGGUUCUUGGUGAUGGACAUCCAGAUGUUGCUCGAAGCUUAACCAGCCUGGGUCAUGCAAUGCACCGUCAGCAAAAGUUUCCUGAGGCUGAUGAGUAUCACAGGAUGGCCUUGUCUAUCAGAGAGCAUGUUCUUGGCAAGGAACAUCUAGGUGUUGCUGACAGUCUGUGCUACCUUGGAAUUGUUGCAUUUGACCGGGAUGUGCUUUCUGAGGCUGAGCAGUACUUCAAGAGGUCCUUGGCAAUCACAAAGCAUAUAUUUGGUAAAGAUCACCAGGAUGUUGCACUGAGGCUGGGGUGGCUGGGAUCUGUAGCAUACAGGCAGGAGAAGUACUCUGAGGCCGAGAAAUAUCACAGCAUGACACUGGCCAUUGAAAGGCUGGCACUAGGAGAUCUCCAUGGAGAUGUUGCAGGAAGACUAUUUGCUGUGGGGUUUGCAAUGUGUGCACAAGAGAAAUUCGAAGAUGCAGAGGAAGUUCUGCAAACUUUUCUGGAAGUCAAGAAUCACCAGCCAGAUGGCCACCACCAGCAUGAGGGAUUAGUUUACACAGCAAUUAGCAAAUUAGACGAGAUCAGAGAGUGGAAAGGCAGCUGCUUAUAG